AUGAAGGUUACUCUCAAGGAAUGGAACGCGGUCGCAACUUGGCGCUGGGAUAUGCCCGAUGAUGAAGUCUGCGGCAUCUGUCGCGUCCAGUUCGACGGCACUUGCCCAACCUGCAAAUUUCCCGGCGACGAUUGUUCAUUGCUGCUUGGGAAGUGCGGCCAUUCUUUCCAUAUGCAUUGCCUUAUGACUUGGAUUCAACAAGAGUCAUCCAAGGGCCUCUGCCCAAUGUGCCGACAGAAAUUCGAAUGGAAGCAAAACGACGAAUGA